CAGAAGAGCGAGUGAGAGCGAGUGAGAGAGAUGUUGUUUUCACGUUUCCAUUCAAAACAGGUUGCACCAAUAGAUACAGUUGGACCGGGGAAACCACCGCGUGCUGCUGCCAAGUCUCACCGUGAAGACGGCGUGCGGCCUCGCCGCUGGAUCCUGCUCGACGCCCCUCACACACACUUUCUUCAUGUGGGAGGAAUGGAAAAAAAGAAAAGCUGCAGGAACCGAGAGAUGACAAGGCGGUCGACGCAGGUGAUCAUCGGGGGACAUGCAGUACAGGAGUGUGUGGGCAGAUGGACUAUAUUAAGGACAGACGCACCACAGCAAGAAUCACAGUCGGCAUCAUGGAGAGACAUCAAGCAGGACAGGAGGAGGCUCUGGUGGAGGUCGGGGGGGAGGAGGGACGCCUGGAAGCCGCUCAUGGACCCAGAGGCUCGCCUGCGGGCCGCCGUGGCUGCCUGAACUGCGCGGUUGCCUUGGCGACGGCGAUGGGACUGGUCACCGUGGCUCUGGCGGCGGCCUUCAUCCUGCAUUUGGUCACGUUCACCGCGGCGUCGUGCAACCAGGAUUCGAGUCCACCGAACGCUCAAGCAGAAUUCAACGUAACCUGGAAACAACAGCGGAGCGACGAGCCGGGCAGGUACGACAUCUGCACCGUGAACAAAAGCGCAAACUACUUAAUCUACGGCGAGGCGAAGAGCCCCGCCAGCCGGGAGGCCUCCCUCGUUCAAACGUGGAAGAACGUGAACGGGAUCAUCAGAACCGUCCGCAGGAAGGACGGCGACGACGAGGGAGAAUUCAUCUUUCUGGAUAAGGUCAACCUGUUCAGCGGCACCAGAAUAAGCAUCCGCUUCCAGUCCGCCCCCCCGACCAGCUGCCGCUUCCUGGUCUUUAGACUCUGACCAGGCUGGAAUCAGACUCGUCUGCACAUGAGCAUCACGGGACCGCUGUCACGCGGCUACUCCGCCUCUCGAAAAAAAGGGUAUUUUAAUGAAAAGCAACG